UGCUUGCCAGACGCCAGUUCCCCUCUAUUCGCUUACGCGUUUGGGUGUCUAACAGCUAACGCGUAGCGACCCGUGCUACGAAUUACGAUUCCUUUGUUUACAUGUUACGAGCCUUUUUGUUGUGCGCAAUGGAAACUAAUCAAUGUAUUUGUUGUUGUGUUUAGUGUUUGUGUUUCUUCAAUAUGGUUCCUGACAGCAACUCUGUGAGCACCUCGGCGUCAUUGACCGAGGACGUAAAUAUUAGUUUUGAAAAUAUCACGCAUAUUGUACGACAUAGCCUUCUUCCUACAGGAGGCAAGACGAUAUUGAAUGGAGUAAAUGGACAAUUUAACGCAGGCGAACUUAGUGUGAUCAUAGGACAAUCGGGCGCAGGAAAGAGCACUUUGUUGGAUAUCCUCGCAGGAUACACUGAUGCAACUGGUGGCAAUAUUUUUGUGAACGGACGAUUGCGAAACGUGAAAUUGUUUCGGCGUCGCUCAUGCUAUAUACUACAAGAUGACAGGGUCCAAGACAUGCUCACGAUACACGAGUCCCUCCACUUUGCAGCAGAACUCAAAUUGGGCAACCAUAUUAGCACGGAACAGAAAAACGAAAGGAUAAAGGAAAUCAUCGAGUCGCUUGGUGUCAAAGCAGCUAUCAGGACGAGAGCAGCCAACUUGUCCGGGGGACAGAGGAAGAGGUUGGCUAUCGGCCUGGAACUAGUCAAUGAUCCACCUGUUAUGUUCUUGGAUGAACCUAUCAGUGGCCUAGAUGUGUCAACGGCAUACAGACUGAUCUUGCUUUUGCGAGGCUUGGCACGUCAGGGAAGAACAAUCAUCAUAUCAAUGCAUCAGCCAUCAGCCACAUUACUGAAUAAGGUGGACAGGUUAUACGCCCUGGUGGAGGGAAGGUGUGGCUAUAUGGGAUCUGUCUCGCUACUUGUACCAUUCCUCGCUGAAAAUGGCUUGACAUGCCCAGCUUACCAUAAUCCAGUAGAUUUUUUUAUAGAAAUAUCAGAUCCCAAUGAUAAGAACAACGUCGUUGUCAAACAGAUGCUGGUUCAACAAUCGGAUAAUGGCAGAAAUAUUUCAUAUUUACAAAAUACUGUAAUAGUCAAUGAUAAGGAUGAUGAACUUGUAUGUUUGUCAACGUUACCUUCGCCGAAAGAAGACCCAACGAACAAAAUAUUACUGGCACUGAAAAGUACAUAUCCAACAACUUCGUUAAAACAAUUCGCAAUACUCACAAGAAGAACGCUAUUGACAAUAUGGCGCGACCCAUCCUUCGCACUAAUGAAUGUGAGCAUCCACAUAAUGAUGGGGUUGUUCGUGGGCUCUCUCUUCUUCAAAGUGGGAGGAGACGCCAAGUACAUGAGAGACAACUUCAACUUUCUCUACUUCAGUCUCAUGUUUCUCAUGUUCACUGCAUUUAGCAGCGCCACUGUACGAUUUCCAGAUCAAGUGCCAAUCGCACGCCGGGAACAUUUCAAUCGGUGGUACAACACAGGUGCCUAUUUGGGGUCCACUUUGGCCUCAAUACUGCCUAUGCAGACUAUCAGCACUUUGUCCUUUUGCUUCAUCACCUACCUGCUGACUGGACAACCGCUGGAAAGUCUGCGAAUAGCUCAGUACUGUUUCACACUAAUUCUGGUUUCGUAUGUGGCUGUUUGUGUGGGACUGUUCAACGGCUCUCUGUUUACUGUUAAGAACGCCGUGAUCUUCGGACCAUUCCUGAUAAUGCCCUUCACAGUAUUUUCUGGAUUUUUCCUGAAAUUCGAUGACGCACCAGCCUUUUUCCAAUGGAUAUUCCAUAUAUCCUUUUUGAAGCACGGUUUGGUUGGUUUAGUGCUCUCCAUUAUGGGAAUGGAGCGGCCGAAGCUCGCGUGCACGGACACGUACUGCCAUUAUGCGAAGCCUCGACAGUUUUUGAAAGAUUAUGGUAUGUUACACGAGACAUUUUUAGUUGCAUUUGGAGCUUUAGCCAUUAUUGGCGCGGUAGUUAUUAGUUUGACGUACUUUAUACUGAAAAUACGGUUAAAAUUUAAAUGGUAAAUUAGUGACAACAUUCCAAAGAUCAAUUAUUUAUACGGGUUUCUGGUUCAUUUGAAACGUGGUUUAGAUCUACGACUCGUAGAGAUAACGAGUGGUUUGAAUGUAUUGGAUAGAAGAUAUGGGCCCAAGAAGACUAAAUUUGUGAUGAACGUUUGAUGGAAAGUUCUUGCCAUGUUAGUGUCGGAAUAAGUAUUUUGUAUGCAAUAUUAAAAGUAAUUUCAUUUUAUAAAGCCUUCUUGCCUCUCCAAUUAAUAAAAAUUGACAGUCAAUCUACGAAAUCAAACAAUUGUUCUAAACAAUUUUUUUUGACUUCAACCUCGUCUACCCUCGGAUGUUCUGUAGUCAUUUUGUGUCUACCAGUUUUCCGUUUAUCUGCAAAUUUGCUCUUAUUUAUGGUCCGCACGUUCCUCUGCUCGAUGGUACAGACAAGUUCUACUUGCGCAUACGCUUAAUAACUUCUUUGUUAGGUCUUUUAUAGUCCAAGUUUCACACCAAUACAAGAUAAAUAUAACAUUUAGUAAUCAUUAAAGAAACAGUUGUACUGUAAACCAAACUAAAUCAUUCUAAUUGGAAUUCUUUCGUCUCUUUCUUUCAAAUUAUGUGUAGGCUGUGUUGAAAAGAUACAAGAGUAUUUUAAUAUAAGUUAAAAUUCGAUAACUUAAAUUCUGCAUACAAAUUGAUUUGUCGUCAAAGAAAUGACUUUACUACAAAAGUUAACUAGAUAACUAGAACAACAAUUGAACUACAUUUGAAUACAAAUGAAACUUAGUCAACACUUACAGAUUUAACUAAAUAUAAUUAUUAAGGGCAUGUCCGUAAAUAUUAUAUUAAACGAAAAUAAAACAGAUUUGUCAGCUUGUCUUGUUUAGAAACGCUAAAUUGAAUGAUCAUAUUGGAUAAGAUUCAGAAGUGAAACUGAGCGCAAACUAUGGCUCCCAUUUGUCAAAAUAUCAUACAUUUUUGACGUUUGUAAGUCAAACUUAUCGCUAAGUAUCGAUUCUGAUCCCUAAAUCGUGUAAAUUAUUUAAAUAAAAAGGGGUCCAUCAGUUAUAAUAAUGAAACUUCCUAACAUUUUACCCACAUUUAUCCAGUCAUGGCUUGUACAAACUUAUUCAAAUGAGCGAUCGAAUUUUAUUUAUAAGUUAUAUUAAGUAUAAAUAUUGAAUAAAUGCGAGGUUGUUUUAGAAUUGUAAGUGCCAUGGAGUUCUUAUUUUAUAUGCUCUCAAAUAUCACAUAGUAAACGGGGACAAUAUUAUGAAGUAUGUAAGAUAUAGCUGAGAAGUUACGAAUCAUAUGCCACAAAUAUACUAAUACCAUUAUUAUGUACACAAACUAGUUAGGUUGGACUCUGUUGAAAAUUAAAAAAAUAUAUAAAGCUAGAAUUGUGAUGUAUUUCUUAAAAUAUCUCCACCCAGUAGACGGCAGAUACGAAUAAUUAUUUUUAUAUGCAGUUGUCGUGCUCCUGACAGAACUAUGUUACAUUAAAACAAACCACAGUGGUUUACAAAAUUGUAAUACUAUAAUUUAUAUUGUAUUAUUCAGUAAAAUAAGUAAAAGAUAAAAAGGUUGUUAAAUAAAGAGUUCUAAAAAUUUUAAACAUCAACUCGCUACUCGCGAAUGCAGUUUAGUUCGAGUCCAGUGACUCGGACGCAAAAGUAGAGAAAGAUAAAAAAUAGAUAGAUUAAAUCGAAUUUGUAUCGACCUGACUCUUUAAUCUGUGAUUUACACAUACAUAGGUGUUUUUCUCAUUAACUUAACAAUGAACACGUAUAGAACUGAACUAUAACUUUUGCCAAAUAUUUUCAAAUGUGUGAAUAUGAAAAGCUUUGUUGCCUUGUGCUCAUCAUAUGUACAGAUUCUGAAACUAGACUUAAGCCCGUUCUCUAGAACGUCAAACUUAAAUCAAGUUUCAUGAGCUGUCAAACCAUUUUUAUGUAUGAAGUCUGACAUAUUUGACAGCGCUCCAGACGAGAUUGUGAAUUGUCAUAAAGGGACUUUAGUACGAACUAUAUAACCAUAAUGUUCUUCUGUAAGAAUUCUUACAUUAAGGACUUAUAAUGUAUAAAGAUAUUCAUAAAAAUAGCUCGAUAUUGUUGCUAUCUCUAUUUGAUGUAUAUUAAUGAAAGAGACAGCUAUAUUGUUAUUUUAAUUACGAAUCUAUUAAUACAAAUUAUACAUAAUUGUAAUAUUUGUAACGUUUGUACUGUACAUACAAUGUUUAUUGAAAAAAGCGGGGUUUAGGUUUAUCUAGUAAAUGGUAUGAUUGUAUGAUGCCUUAUAUUAUGGGUCUAUCUGAAAUACUGCAUUGCUCAAAUAUUGGGUGGUAAAUUGUGUUCAUUUUAUACGGAUGAUUUAAGUGUAAAUAAAUAAAGAAUUUAUUG